CACCGCUGCAACAUUUGUGAUAUAUUCACAUUAUAGUUUCACAGGCACGGUCAAUUAUCUUGCAAUGAUCACUCUCACUAAGGUCCUGGCGUUGCUAUCCCUUUCGAGCCUGGUCACAAGCUCGCCAACCCCGCAACCUGGAGCUCCUGUCGCAGUCCUUGCCAAUGGCUCGUACUACGGUGUCUACAACGCUGAAUAUGACCAAGAUUUCUUUCUCGGCAUGCCCUACGCCCAGGCACCUGUUGGUGACUUGAGGUUGGCCAGGCCCCAGAGCUUGAACACGUCCUGGUCGAGUAGCCGUAACGCUACCCAGUACGGGUUCUCUUGCAUCGGAUAUGGCCCCGAGUCAUCUAUGGCGAGCCAGAAUGAUGAAGACUGUCUCAAUCUAGCUGUCAUCCGCCCAGCACGGGUGAAUGAAACAAUGCCUGUAUUGGUCUGGAUCCAUGGAGGCGGCUUCACUGAAGGCAGCAGUUCGACUCCGUACUACAACACUUCAUUCCUUGUACAGCGUUCUCAAGAAAUUGGCGAGCCUAUCCUUGCUGUGAGCAUAAACUAUCGCUUGGCGGCCUGGGGCUUUAUGUGGUCAGAUCAAAUCGUUGAGCAGGGUUUGACCAAUGUUGGAAUGAGGGAUCAAAGGAUGGCAUUGCACUGGGUUCAAGAGAACAUUGCUGCCUUUGGAGGAGAUCCCUCACGAGUAACCAUUAUGGGAGAGAGCGCUGGAGCUGUAUCUGUCAACAAACAUAUCCUCGCCUUCAAUGGUCGCGAUGAUGGUCUGUUCCAACAAGUCAUAUCGCAGUCCGGACCAGCGGCAGGCCAAGGCCCUUGGGAGAGGACCCAAGAAAAACUUGGACGUGCUACACUGAACAUAACAGAAACCCUAUGUCCAGAUGCAGAGGAUCAGCUGGCAUGUCUACGCCGGGUUGACACGAAGGCUCUCGAUGACGCUAUCAAAAUUUCCUUGACGAUCCCUUCUGCGGGUUCCCUGUAUGGCCCUGUGCCUGAUGGCGACUUCAUGACCGGCUCAUCUGCGCAGCAACUGAAGGAAGGCAACUUUCCAGCUAUCAGAUAUCUCAUCGGUUCCUGCACCGAUGAGGCGUCGUUAUUUGUGGACACCGGAAUCAAUAGUGAUAGCGAACUUCACGAUACGUUGUCUGGUAUCUAUAUGGGUCUGAACUUCACUUCAGCAACAACCCUUAUGUCGGCUUACAGUAGCAACGACAACGACUUGGGACACCAGGGACUUUCGAACACGCACCUAAACGCGACCGUGGGAUACCAAUACAGGCGACUGAGCACCAUCAUGACUGAUGCCAUUUGGAAAGCGGGCGUGCAUUUUACAGCUGAACAGUGGAACGUACACAACAAAAGCGAAGUCUUCGUCUACAACGCCGAGGUACCAUUUUCCACGGUUCCGCAAUGGGUUGGCGCGUCCCACGGUUUCGAUCUCGCCUACAUGUUCAACAAUGUGAACGGAUCAGGUUGGGAAGGAACGCAUCCUCCUUGGGAAGGCCCAAACCCACUCGAGGGCUUAGGGCAGCCAUCAUUGGAUCUAGCACGUGACAUGUCUGCGAUGUGGGUUGGUUUUAUCAACUCAGGUGUACCAAAAUACGACCAACAGACAUCACCAGAAUGGCCAGCUUACCGUGAGUCUGAUCAGCAAAUUUAUUACUUCGCUGCUGGGCCGACCGGUUUGAAUAACACUGUUGGAAAAGAGCAACGAGUUUCGAACUUGAAACUGAUGGCUAGUCUCGUGUACUAGGCCCAAACUUUUAGCCAUUAUCAAGAUCUACAAUGACUGCUCCGUGCCAGCAAAUAGCAUGCAUACAAUAUCGAUGCAGGAUUAAAAGAUUAGAGAAGUGCACCUUGAGUCGAGUCUGCUAAUCUUGCUCGCCAAAGUUUGGUCCCGUUCAAGAUGAAGAGUUCACCGAUCCCUCCAAAGCAUAAGUUGGCCACACCACC